GCUUUGGGGCUGCGCUCACUCGUGUGCGCGCUCGUCCGCCCGCCAGUCCUCUCAACGCGCGCUUGGCCGCCCGACGACGCGGGAGCCGCACGCGCCGGACGAGGCUCGCUGCGCUCCCUGUUGCCCAGCGCGGGCCCGUUGAGGCGGAGCCCUCAGUUCCCGGCCAGGACACGGUCUGGGCCGCCGAAUCUCCGGCCGGAGAGCGGCGGCGGCAGCGGCGCCGUGAGCAGAGGAGCCUUGUGGAACAAAGUAGAACUUGAGGAGCAGCCGCCGCGGUGACGAGGUCCCAGGAUGACGUCACCGUGCGAUAUUUAAAAUGGGAGCCUUUUGCUCUGAGUGUGGGUGGAGGACGCCUACUUACUCAAGACGCCUGAGGUCUUCUUGGCCCUGCUUGCCUCUGGUGGUUCUUGCCCUGACUGGAAAAAAAUGAAGAAUGAAAUUGCUGCCGUUGUCUUCUUUUUCACAAGGCUAGUUCGAAAACAUGAUAAGUUGAAAAAAGAGGCAGUUGAGAGGUUUGCUGAGAAAUUGACCCUAAUACUUCAAGAAAAAUAUAAAAAUCACUGGUAUCCAGAAAAACCAUCGAAAGGACAGGCCUACAGAUGUAUUCGUGUCAAUAAAUUUCAGAGAGUUGAUCCUGAUGUCCUGAAAGCCUGUGAAAACAGCUGCAUCUUGUAUAGUGACCUGGGCUUGCCAAAGGAGCUCACUCUCUGGGUGGACCCAUGUGAGGUGUGCUGUCGUAGAGAUGGGGUUUCACCAUGUUGGCCAGACUGGUCUCAAACUCCUGACCUCGUGAUCCGCCCGCCUUGGCCUCCCAAAGCGCUGGAUUACAGGCGUGAGCCACUGCGCCCGGCCUCCUCCUUUUUGAUUAUGUAUGGAGAGAAAAACAAUGCAUUCAUUGUUGCCAGCUUUGAAAAUAAAGAUGAGAACAAGGAUGAGAUCUCCAGGAAAGUUACCAGGGCCCUUGAUAAGGUUACCUCUGAUUAUCAUUCAGGAUCCUCUUCUUCAGAUGAAGAAACAAGUAAGGAAAUAGAAGUGAAACCCAAUUCGGUGACUGCAGCCGCAAGUCCUGUGUACCAGAUUUCAGAACUUAUAUUUCCACCUCUUCCAAUGUGGCACCCUUUGCCCAGAAAAAAGCCAGGAAUGUAUCGAGGGAAUGGCCAUCAGAAUCACUAUCCUCCUCCUGUUCCAUUUGGUUAUCCAAAUCAGGGAAGGAAAAAUAAACCAUAUCGCCCAAUUCCAGUGACAUGGGUACCUCCUCCUGGAAUGCAUUGUGACCGGAAUCACUGGAUUAAUCCUCACAUGUUAGCACCUCACUAACUUCGUUUUUGAUUGUGUUGGUGUCAUGUUGAGAAAAAGGUAGAAUAAACCUUACUACACAUUAAAAGUUAAAAGUUCUUACUAAUAGUAGUGAAGUUAGAUGGGCCAAACCAUCAAACUUAUUUUUAUAGAAGUUAUUGAGAAUAAUCUUUCUUAAAAAAUAUAUGCACUUUAGAUAUAUUGAUAUAGUUUGAGAAAUUUUAUUAAAGUUAGUCAAGUGCCUAAGUUUUUAAUAUUGGACUUGAGUAUUUAUAUAUUGUGUAUCAACUCUGUUGGAUACGAGAACACUGUAGAAGUGGACGAUUUGUUCUAGCACCUUUGAGCAUUUACUUUAUGGAGCGUAUGUAAGUUAUUUAUAUACAAGGAAAUCUAUUUUAUGUCGUUGUUUAAGAGAAUUGUGUGAAAUCAUGUAGUUGCAAAUAAAAAAUAGUUUGAGGCAUGACAA